AGAUUGGUGGGUUUUGUAUAACCGUGCGUCUGCAUCACCCCUGUGCGUGGACGUUGGUAUAUUCCAGCGUGACGUUUAAUGUUCUUCCGCAUUGCGAGCACAGUGGAGUCUGUGGCCGUUCAUUCCAAAGGAGAGGAGAAGUUUUUGGUUCAACAUGGCGGAUACAAACCCAGAGAGCACCACUCAUACUGAGCCCAUGGCGGGUGAAGAGGAGCCUCUCUUCAGCAACUUGGACCUUUUCCUCUUCUCCUUGAUCGCAGGUCUUCUCAUUUACUGGUUCAUGUCCCGCAAGAAGCCUGAGCCCAUUCCGGAAUUCAAGAAGCUUGAUACAGUAACACCCACAACAAGAGAGACAAGUUUCAUUGAGAAAAUGAAGAAAACGGGCAAGAACAUCAUUGUGUUCUACGGCUCCCAGACUGGCACUGCAGAGGAAUUUGCUAAUAGGCUUUCAAAGGACGCCCAGCGUUACGGCAUGAAAGGGAUGGCCGCUGAUCCGGAAGAAUACGAGAUGGGCGAAUUGUCACGUCUGUCUGAGAUCGAGAAUUCCCUCGCCAUAUUUUGCAUGGCCACCUAUGGUGAAGGAGACCCGACAGAUAACGCCCAGGAUUUCUAUGACUGGCUGCAGGAGAAUGACGACGAGGACCUGUCUGGAGUGAACUAUACCGUUUUUGCUUUGGGUAACAAGACCUAUGAACAUUACAAUGCCAUGGGUAAAUACGUUGACAAGAGGUUGGAGGAACUGGGAGCAAAACGCAUUUUUGACCUUGGUCUCGGGGAUGAUGAUGGCAACCUCGAGGAAGAUUUUGUAUCAUGGCGGGAGCAGUUCUGGCCAGCUGUCUGUGAGCACUUCGGAGUGGAAGCUCUGGGAGAUGAUUCAAGCAUACGUCAGUAUGAACUGAAGGAGCACACAGACAUCAACAUGAACAAAGUCUACACCGGUGAAAUUGGUCGUCUGAAGAGUUUCGAAGUCCAGAAGCCACCAUUUGAUUCCAAAAAUCCAUUCCUGGCACCUGUCACUGUGAACCGAAAGCUCAACAAAGCUGGCGACAGACAUCUCAUGCACCUUGAGCUUGACAUAACUGGCUCUAAGAUCAGGUAUGAAUCAGGAGAUCACGUGGCUGUUUUCCCAACCAAUGACACCGCGCUAGUGAACAAGCUGGGACAGCUGCUCGGAGUUGACCUUGAUGUUGUUAUCUCUCUCAACAACCUUGAUGAGGAGUCCAACAAGAAACAUCCCUUCCCCUGCCCCACCACCUAUCGAACCGCCCUGACCCACUACCUUGACAUCACACAUCCUCCCCGCACCAACGUCCUUUAUGAACUGGCACAGUACGCAUCCGAUCAAAAAGACCAGGAGAGCAUGCGCAAGAUGGCCUCGUCCUCCCCGGAGGGAAAGGCGCUGUACCAGAGCUGGGUGCUGGACUCUUGUAGAAACAUCCUGGCAAUCCUGGAGGACAUGCCUUCCUUAAAACCUCCUAUUGACCACCUGUGUGAGCUGCUGCCCCGUUUGCAGGCUCGCUAUUAUUCCAUCGCCUCUUCCUCCAAAGUCCAUCCCAACAGCAUCCAUAUCUGUGCUGUGCUGGUGGAAUACACGACCAAGACCAAUCGCAUCAACAAGGGAGUGGCCACUACCUGGCUGAAGAACAAACUGGUCAGCGACAAUGGCCACAAGUCUACCGUUCCCAUGUACAUUCGGAAGUCGCAGUUCCGCCUGCCAUUCAAGCCCACUAUUCCAGUCAUCAUGAUCGGCCCCGGGACUGGAAUCGCUCCUUUCAUGGGCUUCAUUCAGGAGAGAGGCUGGAUCAAAGAUCAAGGAAAGGACGUCGGGGAGACGGUGAUGUAUUUCGGCUGCAGGCACAAGAAUGAAGAUUAUAUCUAUCAGGAAGAGCUGGAAGAGGCGGAGAAGAAAGACGUUUUGUCUCAGUUGAAUGUGGCGUUCUCCCGGGACCAGGAUUACAAGGUGUACGUGCAACAUCUUUUGAAAAAGAACAAGGAGCACAUCUGGAAGCUUAUACACACAGACAGUGCUCACAUCUACAUCUGCGGGGAUGCAAGGAACAUGGCCAAAGAUGUUCAGACGGCAUUCUAUGAGAUCGCAGAGGAGCUAGGGGGGAUGAACCGCACCCAGGCGACAGACUACGUCAAGAAACUGAUGACCAAGGGACGCUACUCACAAGAUGUGUGGAGUUAAAGAGCCGUCAACCCAGCCUUGCUGUCAUCACAACUGUUUUGUCUUUUGUCUUUCAUUUUGGUUCUCUAUACUGUAUUUAACGAAAGUCGAUCAUAUUUAACCUACAUGCAUUCUGGAGUGCAACUGUCUCCUGGCGUCCAUCACAAAAUUCCAGUCUGCAUGUCCAAAAUAUGGGACUGUACAAAAAGCAAAAUUAUGUUCUGAGAAGUUUUUUUUUUUUUUUUUUUUAGUAUUGGCUCCCAUUUUUCUGUAUAAAUUCAAUAAUACGUUGGACCAAACUAUAAUUAUCUUCACCCUUGUAUUGAUAUAUCAGAAUUCAUUGCAGACCAUGACAGUUCUUUUUACACAAUAUUUCAUCUGGAAUCUUCAUAUAUUAUACUUGUGUUACAUCUAUCAGUUUGGUAUUGAUGAGCCCUUGACUUUUGUAAGUCAGUGCAUUUAUCAGAACCAUAUGUUAUAUUUUUAUAAUCGAAUGAAGCCAGCAAUAAUCAUUGCCAGUUAUUCAAGGUGAUCUUAGCUGAUAAAAUGUAGUACUGUAUUAAGUACUUGAAUUGCAUCAUGUUAUCGAGUUUAUAUGUGUAAAUCUCCAUUUGUGUAAUAGAAUAUUGUAUUUCCUCUUUAUCUUUGUAUUUUAACAAGGGAUGAGCAUUUUAUGCAGGUGACCCAUCGAGACAGGGAGAGGGAUGCAAAUGGGAUUUUUUUUUUUUUGCCAUUGAUAGUCAAAUAUCUCAUGUGACCAGGUCUGUUAAGAUGUGGUUUUAGAUGUAUGCACAGAUCAUUAUUGGACUAAACAAAGCGUGUGUCCGCUUGGCAAAGUGCGAUGUAAAUGUUUUCCAUGAGACACUAACACUAACACAACAACCUCUUGUUUUGCAAUUUGAAAUUAUCAUGAGUUCUAUGAUGCAGUGAGAAGUUUUUAAGAUCAUAACCAUACACUUGUAUAUUGCAUGAUACGUAUCUGCCUUUUCUUAAUUCUUUUGUGUGACUGAGGUUCUGCAAUGCAGUCUGUGCCUUUUUAACACUGCCUCAUCUAUUAGGAUAGUUUUAUAAUCGGAAUGCACAUCUUUUUAACAGUUUAUUUCCUGACUUGAACUGUUGUGCAUCAUUUUUGCGUUUGUAAUUGUAAUAAGGCAUGUAUUUUCUAAAUGAAUAAAAUUU